GCUUGCAGGGGACGGGGAGGGUAGAAGUUAAGGAGUCAGCUCUCUCUGCCAUUGUUCUUGUUCUGGAAGUCUGAGGACAGGACGCGGACUGCGCUGGUCGGGUACCGGACGGCGGUCUGUCGUUAUGACGGGCUCCGGUCCGAAGCUCGGGGUGCUUUUGCUGCUGGCGGUUCUGCUGCAGACUGUGGUCGUCACCAUCACCGUGCUGCACUUCACCACGGCUCUCAACUCGAUGAAGGAGACGUUCGCCAGGAGCAGUGUUUCCUGUCUGACGGGCGGCGACCUGCAGAGCCUCACGGCUGUUCGGGGGGAUCCGUGCUGGCAGGUCACUCAGCAGCUUCACCUGCUCAUUGAGAAGUCUCUGUCUCAGCGUUACCAGAAGCAGAUCUCGUCGGCAGUCAGAGAUGAAGUGUCGCGGGUGCUGCCCUCGCUUGUGAUGGCCGACAGGGCUUCACCCCGCCCCAAAGUCGCAGCCCAUGUCACCGGCAGCUUUGUGCCCCAGCUGGAGCGCGAGGGAGGAGCUCCGGUCUCCGCUGGCCGUCGGGUUCAGGGCCAGAAGAUCUCAUGGUGGGAGGGGCAGAAGGGGCUGGCCUUCCUCCAGGACGUCCAGCUGGUGGAUGGGGAGCUGGUGGUGCCGCAGCCCGGCCUCUACUACAUCUACGCCCAGACGUACUUCAGACACACCCACUCCCUGGAGGAGGAGGGCGAGGACGGCGAGGAGGCGCAGGACAGGGGCAGACCCCUGCUACAGUACGUCUACAAAAAGGUGAGCUCCUACCCGGUUCCCAUCCUGCUGAUGAAGACGAGCCGAACCUCCUGCUGGUCCCGGGGCUCCCAGUUUUCUCUGCACUCGGCCCACCAGGGCGGUCUGUUCCCGCUCAGCAACGGCGACCGCCUGUUCGUCACGGUGACCAACGCCUCUGCUGUGGACAUGGACGAGAAGAGCAGCUUCUUUGGGGCGUUUCUCAUCAGCUAGACGAUCACCUGCAGGACUCGGGCUCGACCAUCACGCUGUUAAUGGUUGAGAUGGAGGCCUCGCUCUCGUAAAACCUCUAGACUUCUCCUACUGAUGAAAAACUGAAACAGCAAGUCACAGGGAUGGCGGUCUUUCUGUUUUUCAGGAUCGCCAAUCGAACAAAAUGUUGACGCUGGUUUCAUGGGUGGAGAAGAGACUUGUGGUUUGGGGCUGUUUGUGAGUGAGAGCUAAUCAAUCCGUGUAUUAAAGCAAAUGGGGCUGGAUUCGAUAGAUUAAAGUUUCUGUUGUAUGAA